UCCUCCCCUGCACAUCUCACUUCUCUCCUCUGAAUCCUUCCCACUGCAGGGAGCUGCUGAGGAGCUGCAUGGUCCAUCCUGGGAUUCUCCAAGCACUGACUGCCCAUCCACUCUGACCACAGCCAGGGGCCACAUCCCACUGCCUGCCCAGCGUCCAUCCAUGAACGUGAGCACCGUGUCCACGCCUUUCACCUCACCCACUGAAGAUCCAUGUGAGACAGAUGUCACCAAUGUGGCCAUCCACAGUGUCACACUGCUCAUCAGCCUCUGUGGGCUAUUUGGGAAUGGGGCUGUGCUCUCCCUCCUCAGCCUGGAACUCAUUAACAGCAGAAUUUUUGACCUGGCUGUCACCGACUUCACCUUCCUUCUCUUCACGGGGCCUUCCGCCCUGCUCUUCCUGGUGGAGGAUUUGUCCUGCUCUCCAGUUGUGCCCCUGGGUUACCUGAACUUCCUUUUCCAGCUCUCAGUGGUCUGUCAGUACUGGGUGCUGUGCUGGCUGACAGACGUUGUCAUCGCAACGGGCAUUGUCAAGCUCUGCAAUCUCCUCGGCCACUACAGCCUUUCAGAGCGCCUGCUGUGGGUGGUGUCGGGCAUCGAAUUCUGGGCCUUCUUCAUUCUCACCACUGUCAUUCCCACAGUAACAUUGCUGUGCCCAUCACAUGAGCAGCAGCAGUGCCGGGCAGCUGUCAUCUCCAUUUUCACUGUCAUGCUGCUCCUCCGUGCUGCACCCACGGUCAUUUCCCGCAUAAUCAAAUUCAUUAAGGCCAAGUGCGGCUCUCAGCAGCAGCAACUCAAAAGGCGCGACAUCGCUGUCUGCCUCACUGUGCUCUUCACUCUCCUCCUCCUCCUUUGGAAUUUCCUAGAGCAGCUUGGUUACACCCCUCUGUCCUCCAAGAUUUUUCUCCUGCUCACCUGCAUCAACAGCACCAUCAAACCCUUCAUCUACUUCGUGGUGGGGAGGUGUUGGAGGCCCUGCUCUGUGGGGAGCUGCUGGAGGCCCUGCUCCUUUGGGACCCUCAGGGAAUCCCUCAGGAGGGUCUUUGAGGAGCCAGAAGGAAACACUGCCCACAGCAAUGAUGGCACUAUGGACACGGUGCUCUGAGCCUGUUGAUCUCUUCCCCUGCACUGCUGAAGGACCCCGGGACAGUGGCUGAGGGAUUCCUUGAUCAAUAAAUACCCACAGGAUCACCCUCCCUGUGCUGCUGCAUCCCCCAGCCCUUCCCAGGCCCCACUGCAUCUCAGAAAUGCUCCUGAGGCCUCGGCCUUGAGGAGCAGCCCCUGGGCUCGGCUCCUCUGCAGCUGAUCACAAACUCCAUCUGCUCCCAGCAGCUGCUGCUGCCCAACAGCUCCUGCCUUUUAGGAACACCCUUGGACACUGCUUUUGCUGCUGGAAUUUGCAACAUCCCUGUUCUCUCACCGCCAAUGAAAGUUGCCAAGCCGAGGUGGGGCCAGGAUGAAACACUGUUGUGACUGAAGCCCAUCCCUUGGGGCCCUAUAAACAGCGAUCCUAAAGGAGACCCUUGGAGCUGUCCUGGGCCCCACAGCGCUGAGCAGAACCUCCCUCACAGUGGGGCCUCUCCGAGCCGGGAACUCUCCCGUUUGCUGCACUCGGGGGAUCCCCAAACAACCACGGGCCCUGGGCCGAUCCCCCCACUGCUCGAGGCUCAACCCUUCACCCCGGGAGGAGAUGCAAAGGCACCCACAGUGAGCAUUUCACUGCCUCUCAGGGGAAUUUCUCACAGGGACUUUGCUCUGACUCUCUGUCUGUGUCCAUGCAGGUGUCAUAUUUCUGGUUUG